UGGGCAUUGUAUGUUUUGCUGCCGCAUCUGUUGCAGAUGUUUGGUUUGUGUGGUUUCGAACAUGGCUUCCGCUGAUGUUAAGUAGUGAUGUUUAAAGGGGAUUUUUACGUAGUUUUUUAGAUUUUAAUUGUAAAUCCUAAAUGACAUCCAGAAGAAUGAGUGAGAGAAAGUUUACAAGAGGGCUUGGAAAGCCUGGAAUGGCCGCACAAAUUCGUGAAACUGUUUCACAGGCAGUUAGAGAAAGCACUGUUUUGAACAAGCCCCAGCUGGUUGAUCCAAUAGAUUUUGAAUCAUUUAUUUUGAAAAACAAGACUUUAAUUCAGAAUGAUCCACAACGUGAACUUUUGUUGUAUCCAACAGAUGAUGUAUCGCAAGUGGUUUUGCCUCGACGUUACCGCACGACAACUCACAGUGUUCCUUCAAACUUGGAUACAUCUGAAUGCAAUCUCUUCACAAAAGAAUGCCUGCGUAGUUACACCUCCAAUUGGAAUCUAAUUCAUUAUAAAUAUAGUGCUUAUUCAGGCACAUACUUAGAAUUGCCAAAGAUUUUGAAAUCGGAUGAAUUGAAAGAUGAAAUAUAUGAAGUGGACACUGAUGCUGAUCAGUUAGAUGAGGAAGUGUUUCCUAAAAAUGAAGGCAUCACUAAACAAGGCUUUCUAAUGAAAGGACCAGAGGUAGGAUCUGACCGCAUGUUUGUGAACCUAGGAUCAAAAUCCUUUAAGAGACGAUAUUGCUAUUUACGGCAAGAAGUUGAUGGAACAUACAUUCUUGAACUACAUAAAGAUGAGAAGAAGGGAGAAGCAAAAGCCACAAUAGUCAUGGAUUUCUGCACAGAAGUUGUAAGAAAUCCAAAACGAGGACGCUUUUGCUUUGAAUUGCGCAUGAUAGCUGGCCAUAAGUCAUUCAGUCUAGCAGCUGAAUCAGAGGCAGAAAUGGCCGACUGGAUGGCAAAGCUUAGUGCUGUUCUGCAACAUAAUAGACAACAAGAAGAGAAGAGGGCAGCGUCUCUGGAAAGAACUAGUAAUACACCCCCUCCUUCUCCACAACCUCUUCAAAUGUAUGGGACUCUUAAGGGAUUGGAACAGAGUAUGAACCCACAACUGAUGAAAUAUGCUCGUGAAACCGAUUCCUCAAUUGCCUUUGCACGUCGUGAGAAUCGCCGUCGGCUUUUUAGUCUAUAUCCCCACAUGCCAUUGGCAAAGCCAGGCACCAGACUGUCAGCAGAGCAGAAUGUUGACCCUUAUCGGGAACAGUUUGGACAGCGGUUGUUGGUCCGUUGUGAGAGUAUCCGUUUUCGCUUGCAAGCACCAAUUGAUGGGGAGAAAGAAACAUUAUGCCAAGUUGAACCGUACUUAACGUCAUUGGCUCUCUUCGAUGCACGUCAGGGUCGUAAGUUAACAGAAAACUUCUACUUUGAUGUGAAUCAUCCCCAAGUGAGGGAACUGUUGCCCUCGUUGCUGCCACAUGGUGAGAGCCCUGUCGAUUGUGACUCCCUGGCUCCUGAGUUGCAGCAUGUUCCUCCUGAGUGGUUGGUGUACCCCAAGCAGGCGGUUAUGAGUCUUACUUCUCCACAUCCCGAUGUUUUUAUUGUGGUCCGAAUUGACAAGGUUCUUCAGGGAGGGAUCUGUCAGACAACAGAGCCCUACAUUCGAAGUACCAAAGACCCCAGGCUGGGGCUCAGAGUGCACAAGAAUGUCAAAGCCUGCUGUCAGAGGCUUGGCCAGUACCGAAUGCCAUUCGCAUGGACAGCAAGGCCCUUGUUCCGAUUGUACAGCAACGAAUUGGACACCUCCUCUGACUUUCCUGCUGUUUAUCGACAGGAGGCAAAUCGGCUCAAAGAUGAAGAGUUAUUGAAGAUUCUUUCUGAAUACAGAAAACCUGACAAGCUGAGCCGGUUAACUGUGAUUCCUGGGUGGGUGAAAAUCAAGAUUGAAGCCAUCACAGAGCUACCAGAAAAUUCAUUGACUUCAUCCUUGAUGCCUCUCAAACCAUUCCCGCUUCCUCCAUCAGGGGAGCCAACACUAGAAGUCAGUGAAAUCGAGGGACCAACUGAGAAAGAUGUGCAUCCCUAUACUACAUUUGUGAAUCAUCUCUAUGUUUAUCCUCAUAAUCUUCAUUUUGACACACAGAAGACAUUCACACGUGCCAGAAAUAUUGCCUGUUCUGUGGAACUUCGAGAUUCUGAUGCAAGUGGUUCUCAGCCUUUGUGUUGUAUAUACGGACGGCCAGGAGGUCGGUUGCUGGUGUCUCGUAUGACUUGUACUGUGUUACACCACAGCACUUCCCCCAGCUGGUAUGAGGAGGUGAAGGUAAAGUUACCAAUUAGUCUGCAUGCUAGGCACCACUUGCUGUUCACUUUCCAUCAUGUGAGCUGUGAUCAAAGUAAAAAGCCCAGUCAAAAUGGAGUUGAGACGUGUGUGGGCUAUGCCUGGCUGCCCCUUCUUCACAAAGGCAGGCUGAAUGUGGAGGAGCAAGUGCUGCCGGUGGCUGCGUCUCUGCCUGCUGGCUACCUUGCGGUGCAGCCCCUAGGACUGGGCAAGGGGGUAAUGCCACUGAAUGCUGGGCCUGAAAUCUCAUGGAUUGAUAGUCAAAGGCCCAUAUUUAAUGUGGGCUUUCAACUGUUGUCCACGGUGGUGACCACGGACCUCCAUCUGCAUAACCUCUUUGUUCAUGCGGAGCGCUUGCUGGGACCAAAACAUGCAGCCAAUGCUCCUUCUGAAACAGAGACUUCCAAAGUGCUCAAGGCUGCACAUGCUGUUCAACUGUCCAGUGCCAUCACUUUCUUUCCUACUCUCUUAAAUCAGCUUUUGGCACUUCUUGUAUUAACAUCAAGUGAGGAUGUUGGUCAGAAUGUUCUAAGAGUACUCAUUCACAUUAUUCAUUUGUUACAUGAAGCAGGGCGCAAAGACAUCUUGCAGGCAUUUGUAAAGUUUGUACUGGUGCCUCCAGAUGUAUCAAACUCGUCCACUAUUCAUGAAGAAAUGUGCCGCCACUUACCAACAUUGCUUAAGCCUGCUAAUACUGAUUUCCUAGUAGUGCAUAAAUUCAUGCAACAUGCAGGAUUCUUUUUUGACACCAUGUUGAAAAGCAUGGCACAGUUCCUGCUGAGCACAGGACGGAUUAAGAUGCAUCGGAAUGAAAGAUUUUCAGCAGAUUUCCUGCAGAGUGUCAGGAACUUAUUGGAUGUGCUCUAUCUUUACCUUUCACAAAAAUAUAAGGAAUCCCCUGUGGAAACUCAAGAACUGAAUCGAAGUCUUGCCCACUUUCUUAAGCGGUGCCUGACUUUGAUGGAUCGUGGAUUUGUCUUCAAGUUGAUUAAUGGCUAUAUGGAGUCUUUCAAUCCUGGUGAUUCUCACACGUUGUCUGACUACAAAUUCGUGUUCCUGCAAAUCAUUUGCUCUCAUGAACAUUUUGUUAUGCUGAAUCUGCCUCUGAAUGCGAGGAUGGCUCUGAAGGGCAACAGUGACUUCAUGGAUGAAUACAGUCUGUCUGUGGAGUUUUGUCGACGACAUUUCCUGGUGGGACUUCUUCUCCAGGAGGUGCGUGCUGCAUUGCAUGAGGUGCAUCAGGUGCGCCGAGCAGCUGUUUCAACUUUGCGAGAUCUUCUUGCAAAACAUGAACUGGAUGAUCGCUAUCAGAGCAAGGGGCAGUUGGCUCGCAUUGCUGCAUUGUAUGUUCCUUUAUUGAGUGUGGUGCUAGAAAACUUGCCCCGCCUCAGUCCUCCAUCUGGAGAUGGUGCCAACCAGUGUGUGGAUUCUGGCAACGUGACCUGCAACGGGAGCCAUCUUUCCUCCAGCAGUACAUUCUUGCACGGGGGACGAGACAGCGCAUCCACAGGUACUCCUCAAUCUGCCCACCGCUUCACUCUGCUGCUGGAUGGCGGGCCAACCGUCAGGGCCUCAAUGCAUGCAAGGGACUCAUCAUAUUUUGCAGCCAUUGCGGGCCAAGUUAUGCUGAAUGGUAGUUCAUCUAUCAGCCUAGAGUCUGAAGCAUCCACUAUGUCUGGUGAUGGACAUUCCACCAUCUCUCAGGAAACAACGAUUAUCAAAGAUGCAAGAAAUGAAGAAGGAACUGUGAAAGAUGCUUCUUCUAAGAGACAUUCAAGGUCUCUGAGCAUGGCCCAGAUGCCUGUGAGGUUUGACAAGCUACAGCCAGGUGAAGUGAAAGACCUCCUGCUGUGUUUCUUAUUUGUGGUGAAACAUCUGGGGGAUGAGAGCCUGGUGGCAUGGUGGCAACAGUGUUCAGAAGCUGAAGUACUGUGUUAUUUCAGAGGAAUUGAGAUGUGCCUACACCAGUUUAAGUACACAGGGAAGCGCCAAAUUGCUAAUAGGAGUGGCUCAGGAAAGCCUGGAUCAGCUAAAGCAAUGACUCUGCCUGCACGAAUGCAACCUCCAGACUUCUCAAGUGAAACAGCUGCGCUUGCUUCCCACAGUGGCAGUAGCAGUGUGGGGCGAGAUGCUGCACAGCACAUUGUGCAAGAAAAUGACUCAAGCAAGCUGUACCAAGCUCUUCUUGAGGCUAACAUGGCAACUGAAGUGGGACUCAUAGCUUUGGAUUCUUUGGGACUUUAUUGCAUACACUUUAAGGAUAUCUUAUUAGUUGGCAGUGGAGACAACCUUGUCAUGAGGAAGUUAUUCGACAUCUACUUAUCGUUUCUGCAAGUAGGCCAAUCAGAAACACUUUUUCGACAUGUGUUUGCAGCAUUAAGAGCAUACAUUAAUAAUUUUUCUAUAGCACUCUUUCAAGGAAAUGCUGUGCUAUGUGGUCGCCUAUGUUAUGAAUUACUUCGAUGCUGCAACAGUAGAUUGUCCACUAUUCGACAAGAAUCAUGUGCUUUACUGUAUCUUCUUAUGCGGAGCAACUUUGAGUUUACAUCUCGCAAAGGACUCACCCGAGUGCAUUUGCAGGUGAUCAUCUCAGUCUCUCAGAUGUUGGGCAACAUUGUGGGUCUGAAUAAUGCUCGAUUUCAGGAGAGCCUUUCCCUUAUCAACAGCUAUGCUAGCAGUGACAAGGUGAUGAAAGGAACAGGAUUCCCAGGUGAGGUGAAGGACCUGACUCGGCGCAUUCGAACGGUGCUCAUGGCCACUGCUCAGAUGCGUGAGCAUCACCAAGACCCGGAGACCCUGGUGGAUCUGCAACACAGCCUGGCCAACUCGUACGCCUCGACGCCUGAGCUCCGUCACACCUGGUUGGAGACAAUGGCCCGUAACCAUGAGCGAGACAGCUAUUACUCGGAGGCAGCCUGCUGCCAGCUCCACAUUGCUGCGCUGAUGGCAGAAUACCUCAAACUGCGUGGGUCCCUUUCAUGGGGAGCAGAGGCCUUUGCCAAAAUAUCUUCCAACAUUGAACGUGAUGAAAGAGGUCUCAAGUUGGAUGCAGGAGUCCAGGAUGUGCAGUAUACAGAACUCACAUUGCGAGAGCAGCUGGAAAAAUGUGCUGAUCUACUGGAUAAAGCAGAACGCUAUGAAUUGCUGGGAGAAUUGUUUCGUUUGAUAAUUCCUAUGUAUGAGCGUCGUCAGAGUUACGAGAUGUUGGCCCAGUGCUACCAGGCAUUGGCUGCUGCUUGCACGAAAGUGGUGGAUGUGACCAGAUCAGGCAAGCGCCUUCUUGGCAGAUACUACAGAGUGGCAUUCUACGGACAGGCUUACUUUGAAGAUGAGAGUGGAAGUGAGUACAUCUACAAGGAACCGAAGGUCACUUCUCUGGCAGAGAUCUCUGAAAGGCUGCUGCAGCUGUACAGUGAUAAACUUGGGCAAGACUCUGUUAGGAUCAUAAUGGAUUCUGCUCCAAUCGAUCCAAGUGAGCUGGACCCGAAGCUGGCCCACAUUCAAGUCACUCAUGUCACCCCCCACUUCGAGAAGACAGAGCUGGAGGACAGGCAAACGGAGUUUCAGCAGAGCCAUGAUAUCAGCGUGUUUGCCUUUGAGACUCCCUUCACACGAGAUGGAAAGGCAAGAGGAACUCCGGGAGCCCAAUGGAAGCGGCGAACUAUUCUCACAACCCAAUACACUUUUCCUUAUGUCAAGAAACGUAUCCCUGUUAUAAAACGUAGAGUGCAAGAACUAAGUCCCAUAGAAGUGGCACUCGACGAAAUGCAAUUACGAGUUGCUGAAUUGGAGGAUGUUGUCUUUAGUCAGCCUACAGAUGCCAAGAAAUUGCAGUUACGGCUACAGGGAAGUGUAUGUGUACAAGUGAAUGCUGGUCCCCUUGCCUAUGCUGCUGCCUUUUUGGAUCCAGAUCAGCAGGCACAGUUUGCUGAAGAAAAGGUGGAAGAACUGAAAGAUGUGUUCAGGGAAUUUGUGAAGAUUUGCUACAUGGCUUUGCAAAUUAAUGCAAAGUUAAUCUCUUCUGAUCAGUUGGAGUACCAACAGUUGUUACGGAACAACUUUCAGAAACUCUGUCAUGACCUGUCUGCCCUUUUUGGAGAAGCACUUUGGCCAAAUGAUGAAGUGGGCUGCUUCAAACGCAACAGCCAGGCCCUUUUCAGUGCCAUCAGUGGAGCCCCUGGCAACUCCAGCACUGCGUAGCACCUUCAACUGCUACAGAGGGUUUGUGUUUCUGUUGUUUCUUAUGUACCUUGGACUAUAUUUAAGUCCUACAGAUGAUAUCUCCAUUUACACUACAAAAGGAGGCACAUGGACCUCCCUUGAACCAUCAGGAAGAUAUUUGGCAUUUACAUGUGAGUAGAGUUGUUGUAUUGCUUAUCAUUUUUGCAGUCAAAGAACUUUGUUAAACCAGCAAGAUUUUAUAAUGAUUCUCUAAAAUCGCACACCUCCAGUUAUCAGUUGUAUGAAGUGUGAUACAGAAUCCUUUUCGUUGGGGAAACUAUGCCACUGGUUUCAUUUGGGAAUGAAAGGAUGAAAUAUGUCAUUAAAGUGACAGUUUUCAAAAUGUUAACUAACUAUAAUCUAAUUAAUUGCACUUUCAAUGACAUCUUUUCCCCCUACUAAAUUUCAUUUAGUAAGGGGAAAAUAUGAGUGAAGGUAUCAUUCUUUAUGUAACGUACUGUGAAUUUUUUAAUAGGCGUAUUAAAAUAUUAAGAAUAGAUUUUGGAGUGAUUGUAGUCUCAGCACAAAAGUUUACAGUGCCAAUUUCAUGAUAUAUAAAUCAUGAUCUGAACAACAUUUGUUAGUACAUUUAGACUUUUUGGAUACAAGGACAUUAAAAGAGAUACUGCAGAUGAAUUCUAUUGAGAAAACAUUAACUUCUCCGAAGUCAGCAAUAACAAUUUGUGACAGUGUUGCAUGUAAAUGAGCAGGAGGGAUAUGCGACAGUAAGUUUUUAGAUGAACUCUGAAUCCUAUGCCAUGCACGUGGAUCCUAGUCAUGUAAAGGUCCUGAUUGUGCUGCAUGUUACUCUUUGCUAGAACAAACUUGUGUGAGCUCUGAUAUUUAAAGCUACUAUAUGUUCAGCACAGUUGUUAACAUACAAUAAAUACAUUAAUUUCUUUAAUUUUUAUUUAUGUUUUGUUUGAUUUAUGGAAUUUUUAUUUAGAAUAAAUAAAUGUAAGGUUAUUUGAAACUUCCUCUAAAAACUAACUUCCAGUCAUAAGUUGUGCAAUG